CUUGCAUUUUCAUAAACGAAAUCUCUCUUCAAAAUAGAAAAAUAUUCAUAUGCGUUAGAGUGAAGUAUAAUGAGCAAUAUUCCUACAUCGCUUACCGAUUCGGCCUUCACGCUUUUCAAACUCGCCAUCUCCACAUCGGAUCCUUGGCCCUUCUCUCUCCUCCUCUUCUAGCAUCAACUAAAACCCUAAUUUCUCCUCCUCUAAUUUGUACAUACACAUUGAUUGCAAUCUGUACAUAUAUAUAUACACAUACACAUACACACGAAUUUGUCCAGUAAGGCGGAGAGCGGAUCGGAGGUAGAAUUUCCGGUGGUUGUGUGAUUAAUUUACAUCUGCGCAUGCCGCUCGGUCAUUUCCAUUUCCUCCACCACCACCACGGCGGUGGCGGCGGACGGGAGGCGAUGAGCAUUCCUAAAGGAUGCCUUGCGAUAACCGUGGGGCAAGGAGCGGAGCAGCAGCGGGUUGUGAUUCCGGUGAUCUACAUCAACCACCCGUUGUUCAAGCAGCUGCUGAAGGAGGCGGAGGAGGAGUACGGAUUCCAUCAGAUGGGACCCGUCAGAAUCCCCUGCCGCGUGGAGGAAUUUGCUCACGUCAAAGGUCUGAUCGAUAAGGAGAUGACUUCGCACCACCACCAUCACGGCCACCACCACCACCACCACCACCAUCACGGUCACCACGGCCACCACCACCACCACCACCAGUUUCUCUGCUUCAAGGCUUGAGUUAUUGACGUUUUUGUGUAAUCGGUGUUGUUGACUUUUGUUUUGGUGAUUUAAGUUUGACCGCGGUGUGAAAAUUGAUUCGUGCUGUUUUGUGUGUUUGAAUUUGUUACAGUUUCAUUUUUUUUUUCGUUAUUCCUUUUUUUAUAUUUGAUUAAUCGAUCAAAGUUCAAUUUUUUAGCU